AUGGUACGAUGUUGGCGGGGAACAUUAAAACAACCUUUCGGUAUAAAACUAUUCUGGAAUAUUCAUCACGCCCAUCCACGAUUUCUCAACAAGACGGUUCUCGUCGUUAAUAAUGAUGUCACAGCUGCUUUUCACUUACUUAACAGGUUAAUGAACAAUGAAGGUUUGCUGGAUAUUUUACGAAAAACACGAUAUUACCGAAAACCGUACAUGCAACGGAAUGAAUUAUCGAGAGAAAUUUCUAAGGCAAUCAUCAAUGAAGAUAUGCGAAGGAAAAUACAGUUUCUGAUGCGAAAAAAUCGACCCGACCCAUAUCCAGGCCAAAUGACUACGUGA